AUGUCGACAAUCAACUACGCACGCCUCGAGGGCAUCCAGAAGAGCGAGCUCCCUGGGGCCAUUAUCAUGGCCGCGGUAUACCUCCCACUCUUCAUCUUCAACGUCAUCCGAAGCAUACGCCAUCCCACAUAUGUGCUCGUUGUUCUGUCAUUCUUCUGCAUUGUACGCGUCACAGCGUUCACGCUCAGGGCUAUCCUGGCUGGUAGCGAUAAUGCAGGCGAGAACGUCAGCCUCGUUAUUGCAGAGUUGGUCAUCUACUCCGUUGGGUUCUUCGGGCUAUUGUACUCUGCAUACACCCUCGUACUGGACCGUGAACGCAUGGUCGGCCGCGGCAAACCACUGCCUGGCCCCAUUAGCUUCCUGAUCACUAUCAUCAGCAACAGAACGAUCAUUCGAGUGGCACUUACCGCGGCUGUCGCCCUAGGAGUAGCCGCAGGCUCGAUGCUGGACUCGAGCCAGCAGUCGACGCUCAACACUGCCAACAGCCUCCGCAAGGCAAGCAUCUACAUCUUUCUUGCGGUCUCCGCAUGCUUGGUACUCGUCGCGUCCCACCUUGCGUACGAGGAAAUACAUGGUGUGCCACGCCGCUUCUGCCGGUUGAUGUUUGCUUACAUGCGCUCAGCUGGGCCGACCAAUCACGAUGCGCCCGUCGGCCGCAGGUACCGCAUCUUUGUGCUCCUCGCCAUUGCGUUCCUCUGUCUCGCACGCGAGGCGUUCUAUGCUGCGACGGCGAAUGAUGUUGUCAGGCAAGACAAUCCACGCCUCUGGUACCCGCUCUCUGCGCUCACUGAGCUCCUCGCAGUUCUGCUGUUUGCGGUUCCCGGGCUCGUCCCGUCGAGACGCGAGAUUACUGAAGCUGACGAGCAGCUCAAGGCGACGGAUUUAGACUCGGAUUUGGAGCUGCAUCGUGGUGGUCGUAGCGCCUGA